ACGACACUUGCGCUGGCAUAAAUAGUCCGCGACUUCGAGUGGAGGGCACAUUCGGUUGUUCCGAUUCUUGUGAUACAGUUCGUCAUUGUAUUGAUCGAGUUUCAUCAUGACUGGUCGUGGAAAGGGAGGAAAGGGAUUGGGAAAAGGAGGAGCGAAGCGUCAUAGAAAAGUCCUUCGUGAUAACAUCCAGGGAAUAACUAAACCAGCUAUCCGUCGUCUUGCUCGUCGCGGUGGUGUCAAGCGUAUAUCUGGAUUGAUCUACGAAGAAACGAGAGGUGUUUUGAAAGUGUUCCUUGAGAACGUCAUUCGUGACGCCGUCACGUACACCGAACACGCUAAGAGAAAGACCGUAACAGCAAUGGACGUCGUCUACGCUCUGAAACGCCAGGGCAGAACCCUCUAUGGUUUUGGUGGUUAAACGCUGUGUAUCGCAUUUCAUUGUUUAGCUUUAUACAAACGGCCCUUUUCAGGGCCAACAAGAUUUUUAUAUCGUUGGAAUGACUAUCAAGUAACAUGUACAUGUGAUUACUUGUAGCUCAGGGUUUCGCGGGUCGAUAUAAGAUUACGUGGAAGCUGUCCAUAAUAACUUCGAGACAUAUUUAUUAUUUGUGAGUUUAUUCUUUCUGGUUCUUAAAUAUUAAAUCGGAGAAAAAUAUUGUUUAACUCUUGAAUAGUGAAAACUGAUCUUUUCUCCUUCCGCCUGGUGCUGAAAUGCUCCAUGUUCGAUACUGAUCACUUAUGAGAUAAUUAUGAGGGUUUUGUACACUGAACUCCCAAUUCCAAAAAAUUACAUUGUAAAUCAUGGCAUUCUAGACUCUAGAUAAUCGCGUAUAUCCUUCCCUUUCUUUAGCUUCUCUUUCCCUUUUAAUUUGCCUGACUAAUGCGUAUUGACCGUGCAUAUCUUGCGCAUUCGUGCGCAGUCGAUGUGCAUUCAACCAAACGUACUUCGGAAUGUCUCCCAGUUCGUUAUUUGAAAAUAUUCUGCGAUGAUAGUGCACAACUAUCGGAAUGAGAUAACCACGCGCAAUGCCUGUACAUGUAUUAAAUUAUGGUAACGUUUGUAUGUAUUGUAUGAUGUAUAUGUAUAAUUUACUAUGCAUACAACAUUGCAGCAUGGAGUAUAGAAGAAAAGUACAUAAUAUGCUCGCAUUCUCGAGCUGAUUCUUUUGUUUUUCAAUAUUUUCAAGCUCAUACCUCCUUCAUAUCCAAGAUAAAAUAACAAAUUUCUUAGAGCACGAGUGUGACAAUUGUUGUUAAACAUUGGAUACUAGUGAUAUUGAAAGUGUUCAUCGGUUGGAGACAUUUCAGUGCCGAAAAAGGCCAGUCAUAAAAAUUCAGCCAACAAUGAAUCGAAAGUUCUCAGUCCUCAAACAUAAAAUAUAUAUCUGAUAAACUCAA